UGGCAUUUCAUCGCACGACAGCUCCCAAAUCGGUCGUUAUCAUCACUGUGUCGUUGCUGUGUGAACGCCGUGUCGCAUUCGGUUCGCGGAUGCUUGCAUAUCCUUCAAAUCGGCGCAGCAUUUUUUACAACGGCCUAAAAUAUGGGUAGUCACUUUUUUUCCGCUGACCAAAAAUUUCAGUGGCUUUGCUGUCAGCAUCAACCUUAUCAAUGUCAGUAUCAGUGUGUGUGGCCGUUUCCGGAUUUGAUAUCAACUCGACGCAACAAAUUCGCACGCAUUUCUUUUUCCACAACCGUUAUGUAGUGUGAAGGAUGUGCGCUUGGCUCAAACGCACGGUGUAACGUGAACUGGUUAAUGGAUAUUUAAGUGGGUGUUAAUUUUUUUGUGUUGUGUGGUGUGUUUUUAUUUGGCCAUUUUGUUGCCGGAAGUUAAUGUGACUCAUAAAUAAUUAAGCGUUUUUAGUGUGGUGGCCUGCCUUUUUGGUGGUGUGGGGCGUACGUGACUGAUUUUUUUUUUUUUUUUUUUUUGUAAGCCGAUGUGAAAAACUCUGACAAAUUGAUGGAGUGUUCAGCUGUGAUGAUAUUUUGGUUUUAUUAUAUUUGCAAUUUGAUUGCAAACUAAUUGGCAUAAAUGACUGAUUUUCAAAAUUGAAGACUGUAAUUUACAAAAUUGUAAGAAGCAACAAAGUUGUGGUAGGUUUUUUUUUGAAAGAAAUUUGAAAAGAAAUUUGAAAAAUUGUAAACUUAAAAACAUCGUAUAAUAAGAGUGUAAAUUAUAUGAAAAUGUACUUUUCAAAUUGCACAUUUUUGUGAAGAAGACCAAACGGUCAAUAAAUCAUACCACUUAAAAGUGAAAUCCGAAUUUUUUUAAUUAUCAAUGUGUGAUCGCAAUGUACCCGUUUCAAAUACAGAAAAAGCUAAAACGAAAGAAAGCCGACGAUAUAAUUAUUAUGGUCCAUCACACAGAGAUUACACAGGAGACCGCCCGCGAAAUAAGUAUAUGAACCCAUCAGAGCCAUAUCAUCGACCAAAUAUUAUUUUUUCGCAACGGUCUGAUCCACCUUACUACCGAUCACAAUGGAACUUAAAUAGAUAUAAAAAUGGACCGAAUAAUAGAAAUAACAGUCGUUGGAUAAAUAAUUCUAUGUAUAAUAAUAAUUCCAAUAACUGCAAUACUAAUUCAAAGUAUGAAAAAAAUGAGACAGGUAGGAGAAGGGAUAAUUCAGUACCACCAUACAGUAAUGAAUCUGAUAGAAAAUCACUGAGUUCUCAAAAUAUUACAAAUACAACAGAAACCGCAAAAACCGAAAGAAGAUCAGAAUCUACACCAGCUGCUAGUAAUCGAGUUGCUGUUACAGAAGAAUCAAAAAUUGUUGAAAACGUAGGUGUUAAAAACUCAACUCAGAACACUGUUACCGAGAAGGAUAAGAAAAAAUCAGAUAAUGUAAUACCAACGCAAAUUCGUAAACUAAACGAAGUAAGAACUUCGCCGAGAAAGAGACCGCCUAAAAAAGAUUCAAAAAAUGCCAGCAAAGUUAAUGAAAAAAGUUUUAAAUUAACACCGAGUAGUGCCAAGGCAAAAAACUCACCUAAAACAGGCAGUGAGAUUUCAAGGAAAAAUCCAAGUGGCAGCAACUUAGCGAAAGAUAAAGAUAAAAUUGCGGUAGCUGAGAGCAGUGAAGUUAAUACAAAAACUAACGAAUUGAAAUUAACAUCAGAAAAUGUGACGAAGAAUAGAGAAGAUAGUUUAACGGUAGAAACUCCUACAGACCAAGUCAGUACAGAAUCCACAGAAAAUAAUUCGCUGAAGUUACCACCCGUAGUGUGUGCAAAACAAAGUGACAAAGUUAAUAAAAAGAUACUCGCCGUAAAACCAAAAACUGCAAAAGAAAGCUGUCAAGCGAAAAGUAGAGACGUUUCCAAAGGAAGUAAAGAUAAAGAACCGACCAUCAGUUCAAAGACUAAAGUAACGAAAAACACUGAAAAAAAACCUAUUGACGUAAAACAACCUACGAAAGAAAAUAAGACUGAUAUUGAAAAAGAAGGUGACGUAGUGAUAAAUAUAAGUGCAGUUAGCGGAAGCUCCAAGAGCUUACAAAUCGAAACGAAUGAGUCAGCUAUAAAUACAGUAAAUGUUCGCAUAGAGUCCGAGGAAAUUACCGCAGCUCCGGUGCCUGAAAUUCCAUGCAUUGAAAUCGAUUUAAACACAUCAGACUCAUCUGAGAACCGGGAAGGUAUUGAUGAAGAAAUCUCCAGCCUUGAAUGCAAAGUUUCACCCAUUAAAGAACCCAGUGAUAAGCCACGAAUCUCUAUAAUUCCCUUAUCUCGACUUAUACGAAACGAACUCAUCGAAUUAACGGAUGACUCAAGUGUAGCCGAGCUCGAAGAUGCGCCUGCACCCGUAAUAGCUACGAGUACACCAACCAAACGCGUCUGCCGACCUAAUCUUGUGAAGAGACGUCGACAAAUUUCGACUUGUAGCAACUCCAGUGGUACCACAGAAAAUCUGAUUGAAAAGGUUGCCGGUAUGGAUAAGUUCGGCAUCAAGCAGGUAAUAAACAGCAGUGGAACACGCUUCGAUGAGGCGUUAAAAGCGCAGGCACGCAAACGUUUGCGCGAAGAGAUACGCAAGCAGUUGAAGUCAAUGAAUCUGGAAGCGGCAAAAGAUUCAGAGGAUGUAAACUUUGUGCCCGAUGAUAUUGUCGAUGCUAUAUGUAUACCAGAUAUAGUAUUGGAGGAGAUACGUAAAGCGUUUGGCAUAGAAAUAUUUUAUAAAAAAGACGCGCAGCCAACAGAUAAUCCGCUGGACGAAAGCGCCGCAAAUGUAGUCGAAAUCGCUGUAGGCGAAGGGGGGAAUGUUACGGCAAUAAAUGCCUCGCCACCACUACAGGAAAGUCUUGUAGAGACGACGUCAACAGCAGUGCAGCCAGUUGUAGAAAGUGCUUGUAAUGCUGAUAAUGCGAAAAAAGACGCUGCAAAAGAGACAACAACACAAAAUGAAGUGGGACAAACAAUGCAAAAUGAAGUAGUACAAACAGCACCACAACCAAUACAUAGUUGCCACAACGAGCAGGCGGUAAUCGAAGACCAAAAAGAUCCAAAGCUAACGGAAACAGUUAAAGCGCCUACGGCGGCUGAAGGCGAAAAAAAGCCAACGGAAAAACCUACAAAGAAGCACCAGAGUUCGACGUCGCGGAAACAUAGUCGCAAAAAGACGCUCAAAGAUGUAAUACUGGUCGAAUCGUCAUCCUCUUCGAGCAGUACGUCUUCUUCCAGCUCCAGCUCGAGUAGCAGUUCCGAUAGUGAAUCUGAGACUUCAGCCAGAAGUGUUUCAUCAUCGGUAAAACGUCGACGACUAAAACUGCGUGUAGAUGCGCAAAAUGUUGUCGAAAGCUUUGAGAAGCUCAUAUUGCCCAGCAUCAGCGAGAGUUUAAAAGCUCGUUACCGCAAUAAGUUUUCGAACUCCACAUAUACGCGCCUACAUUUCAUCUCGUGCAUCUGUACUAGCGAAUAUAAUACGCGAAAAUUCACUAAACCUGAAAUUGCGAAAAUACAAUCUAAUUUAAAAUCAGAGGAUCGGACUGUUGCUUUGGAGUUUCUUAUGCGUGAAAUCGUCAGUGUUUUCAACAAGCAAAAAGAGGCAGCAAAAAAAGAGCGUAGCAGUAACAGAACAAGAAAGGAGACCGAAAGUAGUCCUGACAAGCCGCAAUCAAGCAGGGCACAUGCAGAAGAUGCAAGCCGACGGUAUGACGCAGGCGGCGAUAAAGCUAAUGGAAUUUCCAAACAACAAGCAGUUAAAGGCAGCAGCAGCAGCAGCAGUCGUAGUCGCAGCGGCAGCGGCAGCACCAGCAGCAAUAAGAAAAGUGCCAAUGCAGCAGAAAAAAAUGAUGUUGGAAAAAAUUACGUGCAAUCACAGCGAACACCAGUGCCAUCACCAACGAAAAAUCCACAUCAAAGUGUGAAUAGCCAAGCAUUAAUGAACACAAGCGCGUCAGAUGGGGUAAGAAGGAAAAGUGCUGGCAAUGCAAAAACCGCAGAUGAGGCGGCGGCGGCGGCGGCGGCUGGUGGUGGGAGGCGUAAAACAAGCGCAGAUACAGCCACUGAAACGCGCAACAAUUUACAUGAAAUGAGCAACACCACUAAUCAAGAAGAUUCUAAUGGCAAAUCGUUGGCGAGUGCGACAACACGUCAGCAGCUGCCGACUACUACCAGCACCACAAUCACCACCACCAACGCCGAAGGUAUUGCAACAGCGAAUGAACAACAAUUACACAAUAGCAUUUUCGAAAGCACCAACACCCCCGCGCCGUUAAAUGAGUCGAGCAGCAGCAUAGGCCUGCAUUCUCCUCCCGCUAAUCGCUCAUUACUUGAUAACAAGCUCAGUGGUAGUGGCGCGUCAAAUCUUUUAACGGGAUUUGAGCACAGUAUCAACGGGCUUUUUGGCAUGCCCAGCGUGCCAUCUUUGAUCUCUAGCACACUAUUUCCCAAUGUAGAUUUAGAAGCAUUGCGGCAGCGUAAUAUCUUAGGUGAAUUCGUAGUGAAUAAUCUACGUGAAUACGAUAUGAAGUUGAUGGAAUUGCAUAAACGUAAAAUGUUCAUCGAAGAGAUGAUACUCAAAUUGCAAAGGGACAAAAUGGAAGUGGAUAUGCAAACAAUGCAAUUGCAAAAUGAGAAAUUCUUCUUGCUUAAUACCGCCAUGACAGCAGCGGCCAGUGAAUUGCCGAAACGCGAAGCCGCCGCCGCUGCAGCCGCUGCUAGAACAUCAUCUUUGUCGCCACCAGGCGCGUCGACAGCGCCACACUUAGAUGCACAACCACCUCAACAAGAGCUCCCAAAUGGCAACGCGCGUACUAUGCAGAGCACAAACGCAAAUCAGCGUAAGCGUAAAGCUAACGAUAAUAUUGGCUCAAAUGCUAAGCGAAAACGCGGUCCACGUAAGCGUGGUGGUGCCGCAGCUGCUAAAAAGCGAGCUAAUAAAUCAAAAUUACCAACUGAAACGGUCCAAAUGCCAACACCCACAGCUACUCAAAAGACUCCUGCAGUUGGUGCAGCUACGCGCGAACGCUCUCCGAGUCCAAUCGUUUCAGAUAUGGAACAGACUGUGAGUGAUGUAGAACCACCAUUCAAUUUUGCAGAUAUGCCCUGCUCUACUAUUGAUGUUAGAAGUCCAAUGACACAGCUACAUUUAUACGAGCGUUGGUUAGUAGCCACUGGUGAAGAUGGCCGCUUGUAUCAGUUUUGCGCUAGGACACUCAAAAUGGAAAAGGAAUUCGCCAAACACAGUGAAAAUAUUACACAUUCCUAUUUGUGCUGCGAAAAGAAAGUGCUAUAUACAACAUCACUUGAUGGGUAUUUGAAAAAGACGUCUUUGGAGAACUUCGCCUUGGAUAUCCAGUCUGUAUAUCUGCAAGAGCCAUUACAAUGUAUUGAAGUGCAAUGGGGUUCGGCAUACAUCGGCAGCAGAUGGGGCAACAUAUUUACAUAUGACAUUGCGUCUAACAACCUCAACAGCGCCUCGGUCUCAUCGUCGGAUACUUCAAUUACCGCCAUCAAAGCAACAAAGGAGGGACCACGUCGAAUACUCGUAGUGGCCUCUAAAUCUAAGGAAGUGCAAAUUCGUGAUGCAUCCUCUGGGCUUCUAUUACGCACAAUAACCAUGCCCGAACCACUGAAGGCUUAUAGCUUGCUAUUGGAUGAUGGCAAAAUCUUUUGUAGUACACAACGUAGCAAUAUAUUGAAAUUGGAUUUCACAACCGGUCAACACUUAUCUACAUUGUAUUGUGGUACUGGCGCUGUUUCCAUGCGUCUAUACCAAAAUAAAUUCCUGCUGAUCAGUUCAUUUGAUGGCUUUGUCUAUGCGAUUGAUAAGGCGAAAGAGCGUCCAUGUGGGCGUUUUGCCGGCUGCUCCGGCAGCGUAUUAACUUUAACAGUGGCGAGUAAUAAGAUAAUCUUAACUGCUAAGGACAAAACUUUGAGAGUUAUUGAACUACCAAAAAAUUUGUGUGCUAAACGAAAAUAAGGCAUUUAGAAUUUGUUUUAAAAAUAAUACAUAUUUUAUUUUGUCAUUAUGUAGACGACACAGCGCGGACUGUGAAGUCUAUUGGAGUUUUGCAUUUGUUUUAUUUUUAUGUACAUAUAUAUC